AUGGCAGACGAUGUCCUCCACCGCCUGGCCACCUACUUGGAGGAACUAGAGGCCGAGGACCUGAAGUUCAAGCUCUACCUGGGAACCGUGGCCGAGCUGGGGGACAAGACGAUCCCCCGGGGACGGAUGGAGACUGCUGGUCCCCUGGAGAUGGCGCAGCUGCUGGAUGAAGCCCCGCCCGGUCAUCCCGGGGAAACCUACCGCAACUAUGUCCGGAGGAAAUUCCGGCUGAUGGAAGACCGCAACGCAUGCCUGGGAGAAUGCGUGAACCUCAGCCAUCGAUACACGCGGCUUCUCUUGGUGAAGGAGCAUUCAAAUCCUUGGCGGGCCCAGGAGAAGCUUUUGGCCAUGGGCUGGGGCCACGCGAGAACAGUAGAGCACCAGGCCAGCCCCAUCCAGAUAGACACCCCCUUCGAGCCCGAUGAAGAGCAGCCCGAGCCACCCCACACCGUGGUCCUGCAAGGGGCGGCGGGGAUGGGCAAGUCCACGCUCGCUCACAAGGUGACGCUGGACUGGGCUGAAGGGGGGCUGUUCCAGGGCAGGUUUGAUUUCCUCUUCUACGUCAACUGCAGGGAGAUGAACAAGAAGGCCGAGCAGAGCCUGCGAGACCUCAUCUCCAGCUGUUGGCCGGAGCACAGCGUGCCUCUCCUGGUUGUUCGGGUUCCUGAGCGCCUCCUGUUCAUCUUUGAUGGCUUUGACGAGCUCAAGCCCUCGUUCCACCACCCUCAGGGCCCCUGGUGCUCCCGCUGGCAGGAGAGACGGCCCACAGAGCUCCUUCUCAGCAGCCUCUUGCAGAAGACGCUGCUCCCCAAGUCGUCUCUGCUCAUCACCACCCGACCCACGGCUUUGGGGAAGCUCCACCCCCUGCUGGAGCACCCCCGGCACGAGGAGGUCCUGGGCUUCUCUGAGGCCGAGAGGAAGGAGUCCUUCCACAAGGAUUUUGACGGCGUGGAGCAGGCCAGCCAAGUCUUCAACUUCGUGAGGGACAACGAGCCUCUCUUCACCAUGUGCUUUGUUCCCAUGGUGUGCUGGGUGGUCUGCACUUGUCUCAAGCAGCAGCUGGAGGGCGGAGGGCUUGUGCGGCAGACGUGCAGGACCACCACGGCAAUGUACACGCUCUACCUUCUGAGUCUAAUGCAUCCCAAACCAGGGACCCCAACCCACCAGCCUCCGCCCAACCAGAAAGGGCUGUGCUCCUUGGCAGCCGACGGCCUCUGGAACCAGAAGAUCCUCUUUGAGGAGCAGGACUUCGGGAAACACGGGCUCAAUGGAGCAGAUGUCUCCGCCUUCCUCAACAUGAACAUCUUCCAGAAGGACAUCGACUGCGAGAAGUUCUACAGCUUCAUCCACCUGAGCUUCCAGGAGUUCUUUGCUGCCAUGUACUACGUCCUGGACCGGGGUGGGGUGGGGGGUGGGCAGGGUCCAGACCAGAGCGUCAGCAGGCUGUUGGCCAAGUGCGCGUCAUCGGACAGGAGCUUCUUGGCACCCACCGUCCGCUUCGUGUUUGGGCUCCUGAACGAACUGAUGAGAAGCUACGUGGAGGACAGCCUUUGCUGGAAGGUCUCACCUCACAUCAAGACGGAACUGCUACAGUGGAUUCAGAGCAAAGCUCAGAGCGAGGGGUCUACCCUGCAGCAUGGCUCCUUGGAGCUUCUAAGCUGUUUGUUGGGCAUCUGCCGGCUGGGCUCUGCAGCCUGUGAGCGCCUCUCCGCCGCGCUCCAGGCCAACCACCACCUUCGGGAGCUGGACCUGAGUUUCAAUGACCUGGGAGACGGUGGCAUCCGGCUGCUGUGUGAGGGGCUGGGCCACCCCGCCUGCCGACUCCAGAAACUGUGGUUAUUUGGAAUGGAUAUGAAUAAAAGGACCCAGAGGGCAUUGGCCAUGCUGCGUGUGAAGAAACCUUACCUGGAUAUAGGCUGCUGA